AUGUGGUUCGAGAUCCUGCCCGGGAUCGGCAUCAUGGCCGUGUGCUUGGUCAUCCGCGGCAUAGCCAUGGCGCACAUCCACAGGUUCAGUAACGUGGGCAUGGAGAAAAGGGUUGCCUAUUAUCCAUAUCAGUGGAGUUUGAUGCAAAGAGUUGGGCGGGUCUUUGGAGUUAAUCGUUACCACGUGUCAAAGGGUUUGGAGAAUAUCGAUCAAGGAAGCAUUUUCCCGAUUGAUGAAAAAUAA